CUUCAUAGGAGUAGGACAGACCCCCCCGCCCGCAAGAGUAAGAACAAGAACGGAAGAAAGAUCCCGGCCCCUACUUCCCCCUUAUUUCCCUUUUUAGUUCUUUCCGCCUUUUUUUUUUUUUGGUUCCAUUCGAUUUUGAAUUUCUCCUCUCUUCCCCAUUCUUCUCCAAUGGCGAUCGCUCCUCCUCCCGAUUCCCAAUCCGACCACCAGCAACAGGCGGAAGAUAAGGCGGUGGCCGCUGCAUCUGGCGGAGAGAACAACCAGACGAGGAGAUGGACUCUCGGCGAUUUCGACAUCGGGAAGCCCCUCGGUCGCGGCAAAUUCGGCCAUGUCUACCUCGCUCGUGAGAAAAGGAGCAAUCACAUCGUGGCCCUAAAAGUGCUGUUCAAGAGCCAGCUCCAGCAAUCGCAGGUCGAGCAUCAACUCCGCCGUGAAGUUGAGAUCCAGAGCCACCUCCGUCACCCCAACAUUCUCCGUCUCUAUGGCUACUUCUACGACCAGAAGCGAGUCUACUUGAUACUAGAGUACGCAGUCAAGGGUGAACUCUACAAAGAGCUUCAGAGAUGCAAGUACUUCAGCGAGAGGCGUGCUGCCACGUAUGUUGCGUCAUUGGCUCGAGCUCUGAUAUAUUGCCAUGGGAAACAUGUCAUCCACAGAGAUAUCAAGCCAGAGAACCUCCUGAUUGGUGCCCAGGGGGAGCUCAAGAUUGCCGAUUUUGGCUGGUCUGUGCAUACAUUCAACAGAAGGCGAACAAUGUGCGGGACAUUGGACUAUCUCCCACCUGAAAUGGUGGAAAGUGUAGAGCAUGAUGCUAGUGUAGAUAUUUGGAGCCUAGGUGUGUUGUGUUACGAGUUCCUCUACGGCACUCCUCCUUUUGAGGCUAGGGAACACUCUGACACAUACCGAAGGAUUGUGCAAGUGGAUCUCAAGUUUCCUCCAAAGCCUAUUGUAUCCGCUUCUGCAAAAGACCUAAUUAGUCAGAUGCUUGUCAAGGAUUCAUUCCAGCGUCUGCCACUACACAAGCUGCUCGAACAUCCAUGGAUUAUUCAGAAUGCUGAUCCCUCUGGCGUUUACAAGGGUUGAUAAGUGUAGAUGGAUGAUGCUAAGUAAACUACUCCCUGAAUCAAUGUAUGUGCUUAACGACUCGAGCAUAAUCUCUUUGCAGUCACACUCACAUUAGAAGAGACUGGAGGCACCAGCAUGCUUUGUACUACUUACAGACUCAGUUGAACAAUGACCAUACCCUCUUCUUUUCAUUCACCCUGUUAUGUACGAGGGGAUGAAUUGUUGCAGCUUAUUAUGUUAAUUCAUUCAUUUGGCCAAUAUAUAUAGCAAAAGUAU